AUGUCCUCCAGCGCCGGCCACGAGCGCGACACGGUCCUCGCGCCGCCUCAGCCCAUCCAGGACACGGAAAAUCCGCAACAGGACGUCGGACGCCCUAAUUCGCACUACGCCGAGUCUGCGACGAAUGCCAACGCACCGUAUAUACCCAACGCAUCGGACUCAGGCAUCCUCCCCGAUUCGUCGAUUGCAUCGACACCACGCGUCGCCUCGUCCUACGGCACGCCUACGGUGACACCAAACGAGGCCUCCUCUGAUGCACUGGGAGGGACCGCAGCGGCUGCCAGGACUGCAGCUGCCACAAAAGAGGCUACGGACGUUCCUGGGUCAAAAGAAGCGCUGGCGCACUCCGGCGCAGCACACCCAGCUAGACGACCAUGGUACAAGCGGCCGGUCUUCUGGCUGCUGGCAUUCAUCGUGUUGGCGGUUGUUGUGCUUGUUGUAGUGUUGCCGGUGUGGUUCGUGGGCGUGAAGGGACACAAGCACAGCAGCUCUUCCAGCUCUUCCAGCUCUUCCACGUCUAGUGGAGGUGGCACUACGCCUAAGUCGACGGUGACUACAACUGGCGGGAAUGGCAGCAUGGUCACGGCGGACGAUGGUUCAACCUUCACCUACGUCAAUGAACUUGGCGGUUUCUGGGUGUCUGACCCGACCAACCCAUUCAACAACUCUGCUCGGCCAAAUUCAUGGACGCCUCCGCUCUCCGAGUCAUGGAACUGGAACAAGGACCGUAUCUUCGGCGUUAACCUGGGCGGACUGUUCGAGCUCGAACCGUUCAUCAGUCCGAAACUAUACCAGGCAAACCCAGGUAGCUUGGACGAGUGGACGCUUGACGUCAUGCUGCGUGCAAACGGCAGCAACGGUGGCGAGCUGGGCGAGGAGGAGUAUGGGUUGCAGGAUGCGAUGGAGCUGCACUAUAACGAGUUCGUCACCGAGCAGGACAUCGCCGAGAUUGCGGGUGCUGGCUUGAACUGGAUCCGUGUGCCUAUUCCGUUUUGGGCCAUCGAGAGCUGGGGCAAUGUGGGCAUGGUGAAUGUGACGACUUCGAUCAGCGAACCAUUCCUGGCCAAGUCCUGCUGGCCAUACAUCCUUCGCCUCUUCGGAUGGGCUCGCAAGUACGGAUUGCGUAUCAAUCUUGACCUGCACACGAUCCCGGGCUCGCAGAACGGCUACAACCAUUCGGGAAAAGACGGGAUAGUCAACUUCUUGAAUGGUGUGAUGGGUGUGGCCAAUGCGGAGCGUGCUCUGGAGUACAUCAGGGUCAUUACUGAGUUCAUCACGCAGGAAGAGUACCAGCCGCUGAUCCCGAUGUUUGGCAUCGUGAACGAACCAUUACUGGCAACUAUCACAUUGGACACUCUCACUACUUUCUAUCUGCAAGCAUACUGGGUGAUGCGCAACAUCACUGGAGUGGGUGAAGGCAACGGACCAUACGUGUCUAUCCACGAUGGUUUCAUGGGCACAGACUACUGGGCGGGCUUCCUUGCGGGCUCGGACAGGAUUUCUCUCGAUUCGCACCCUUAUUUCGCGUUCGACAACCUGGCGAACACGGAGCCGGUGAACGUCACCGCGGAGGGCCAGGACAGCGCAGAUGUGUAUGGCGGGCAAUGGCCCAAACUGGCGUGCACGUCGUGGGGCCCAGAGAUGAACACAAGCCGGAUCAACUUCGGAGUGACCAUUGCAGGCGAGUUCAGUGCCGCGAUCAACGACUGUGGGCUCUGGGUACGCGGCGUGAACAUCUCGGCCGCGUACGGAGGCAGCUGCGACUACUGGGAAGACUGGGAGUCGUGGAGCGACGAGACCGUCGCGGGCCUCAAGAUGUUCGUCAUGGCGAGCAUGGACGCGCUCGGAGACUGGUUCUUCUGGACUUGGAAGGUCGACAACUCGUCCACCAGUGGCACCGUUGAAGCACCCUUGUGGUCAUACAAACUCGGGCUGGAGCACGGCUGGAUACCCAAGGACCCGCGGACGGCAUCGGGCAUCUGCGAAUCGCUCGGUGUCACGGAUACCUACUGGAACGAGUCCUUCUCCUCCUGGGCAACAGGUGGCGCAGACGCAAACGAGAUCGCCCCAUCGUCUAUAGCCACCUAUGGCGUGUGGCCGCCAGCAUCGAUCGCGAACGUGGCAUUCGCAUCACAGUCGUAUUUGCCUCAGUACACGAGCACCGCGAAGAUCGUGAGCCUGCCCGCGUCGACGUACACAGCCGCGACGGUGAGCACGGGCGACGGGUGGGCCGACUUGGAGAGCAGCGACACGCGGAGGGCGCCGACGGCGAUCGCGGGGUGCACGUAUCCCGAUGCGUGGAGUGCGGUGGACGCGACAAUCCCGACGGCGGGAUGCGGCGGGGUGGCGUAUGCGAAGCGCGAGGAGGUGCCCGUUCCCAUUUCCGAGCCUGUGGUCACCGCGCCGCCUGCGCGACGGUUCCCGUGA